AUGUCGCAGCUUGGCGGCACGGGGGAAGAAGAGGGAGGUCUCGCUGAUCUCCGAGACUUCGUGGAUGGCGCAACAGAUGAUGAAGCUGCAGAGCUGGAAGUGGAAGAGGAAGAGCUUGAGCCUGUGGACCCAUGGGCUGAGUACUAUCAGGAACGGGAGGAUGAUGAGCUGUUACCUGAGCCCCAGCGUGGAGGCUCCCUGGCGCGAGGACGUCAAGGAGUUCGCGCAGGCGCUCCCGGCAGCUCACCUUCUGACCGAUCCUCUUCUUCCGCCAAGGCGAAGGCUUCUGCGUCGGGUCACGACAAGGACAAGGCGCAGCGCAGGCCCAGAGGGAAUCUCCCUCCGGCCCCUACUUUCGACGGCGACCGUCGGAAGGACCCGAAGUGCUUCCGUAAGUACGCAUCCAAGGUGGACUCAUACGUGGAGAUCGCCAAGAACAUCAUCGAUGAUGCGGAGAUUGGCCUCCGGCUUCACGCGGCUUUGGAUGGCGAGGAUAAGUUCAACGAGAAGCGGAUGCACAAGGUGGGCUCGGCUAUGAAGGGCUUCUUCAAGCUGGGUCAGACGCUGAACGACAAGUCGUACACGCUGGUGGAGGUGAUCGACCUGAUGGACAAGGCCGCCAGGCGUUGCAAGGAGGCCGACCUCACCAUUCCCGACGAGGUCAUGGUCUAUUUCCUCUUCGAGCACACGGCUAUGUCGACCGAAAGGCAAGCGAACUUGCUGUUGCGCACCGGUGGCGAGUACCACUGGAAGAAGAUCAAGCAGGCGGUCGAGCUCCUCUACCAAGGUGUUGUGGUCAGAGGGAACCGAGAAGGCCGCGAACCCCCUGUCCGUCGACAACGAGCUGCACAUGAGGCUCAGCAGUGGGACUACGGGGACCUACGCAUACCGUCUGUGGCCGCGACCGACGAACAGAUUCAGACCUGGAUCGCCGACUACGACCCCAUCGAGGCCCUGGCGGAUGCUGACGUUGACGAGUUGCCCGAGGAGGCGGCGGCAAAGGCAAAAAGGGAGGCGGCAAAGCUAGCAGCCAAGCCGGCCGGGAAAAGUGAAGUCGUUGUCGAGCCUACAGACAUGAACUUUGCAACCACGCACUACUAUGAGCCCAAUACUAGUGAACGCUUCCCUUGCACUGUGUCCAAUGACUACGGGCAGCACAGGGCCGACAAGGGGACCCACACCCGCCACCACGCCAGGCCGCGGCGCAGCUUCUUCGAGCCCCAGGACACCAAGGACGGACCCGACAGGAAGGACUUGCAGCCCGUGAGAGUGACGGUCAUGUCCUGUGACACCGAACCUGUGUGUGAUGAUUGGGUUGCUAAUGGGUCUGGUCGUGAGGGUGAUCCUUGGGUUGGAGCUACAUACUUCUUUGGCAAAGGUGCGAACCCCGACUCCAUCAACUUUCCGGCCGUGGCCGACCGGGUGGAAGUCAAGCUCCACGAUGGGAGCUACGUCGAGGCCCGAGCCAGGGAAGUGAGGGAAGCUUCUUCUAAGAAAGUGCAUCACUUCGACUUGUCGUCAAAGCAGUGUCUGGAUGUGCCAGUGUCCAAGCGCAAGGGUCAGUUCGUGAUUCCCGUCGGUGAGUUUGGCUUCGUCAAGCGUCAAGUGCUGGAAGCAUGGGAGCGACUGGCCGAGAUGCUGAUCGAUGUGAUGGACCUGGCCAGCCGCUAUGCCCGGGUCCACGAGGUGACGCGCUGGGCCAAGCAUCGGCGGCCCACUCUGAUGGCCUACGCGGAGGCGAUCAUUGCCCAAGACACGACACCGGACACGAUGCCAGCGACAGCACCACCAGCGACGACGAAGCCCCCCGGACAGAUCCCUCGGCUGGCAAAGACACCGUACCCCAAGAGCCCGGAACACUGCAUGCACCCGCCGGAUCUGGCACGGCGACUCGGGAAUCAACAUGGAAGGUUCCAGGAGUGCUUGCAGUGCGGCACGGUGUGGAAGGGCCUUGUCUAUCGGGUUCCGAUCAGCCACGAGGAGGGCAAGGACUCCUUCAAAAAGCUCUGCGACUGCUACUCGUCCUCGCCGGCAUCCACGGCAUCACCGGCGACUGGGGCGGCGACGUCGACUCGACCGGAGACGGCCAACAAGAAGGGGCGGCCCGCGUCGAGCACCGCGCCUCAGAGGUCUUCGGCAUCUUCGGAGACGGCGGACCUCAAGGAGCGCGAAAGAAUCAAGACCGAAGCCGCACGGCGCCUCGAGGCGAAGCGUCGGCAGAAAGCCAAGGAGGCGCGGGAGGCCAGAGAGGCCGCACAGGUCUUCGAGGACGAGGAGCAGCUGGAGCGGGCCGAGGAGGAGAAGUACAUGUCGAACCGCGGGGUGGUGCACCACAGGAUCGACCUGCCGGAGGAGACGGACGAAAGCGUGGUGCUGGUGAGAUUGAUGAACGGCGUCAAGAACGCCUUGGCAGCAUCUCGGCUGCACCAUUCGGUGGUGGAGGCACGGCUUGACGGCUGCACGUGGCCCCGGCACAGCUUCGCCUACGACGUUGUGGAGGUCCUGGGCGGUGAUAGCUAUGUGUCGGUUCGAGCCACAGGACACUGGGACCUCAAGGUGUUGCAGCCGAUGGACGUUCGUUCGGGCCUGGACCUCUCCAAGGCUUGGUUCCACGAUUGGCUUCGACGAACUCUCGGCCGUUGUCCGGCGCGACUCGUGGUGAUCGAGCUCCCGUGGCCUUCGUAUCGGCAGUUGGACACCCACCGUGGCGAGGAUGAUCCUUACUACGGCGAGGAGAAGAAGUACCGCGACCUCGUGCGGGAUGUGAUCGUCGACCAGCGCGGCCGAGGAGGACAUGUCUUGGCCGAGAUCCACGGCGGCGGGCACAUUGCCGAGCACGAGACCGCGACCACGUUUGUGAAGCAAGGGUUCGCAGCUCGGCCGAUAGAGGUGAAGUUCGUUGCUACGCACCCGGAACUCGUGGAGCACCUCGCGGGCUACUGCCGACAAAGGGAGAGACCGGGGCAACCGGCCACCACGAUGUAUCCGCCCGACCUCGGGGACGCAAUCUGUCGAAGCUACUUGGACAUGAUCGCGGCGGAGGACUGCGCAUCGCGGGCUACAUGGCAAGCCUCUCUGCCGCGAGCCGUGUGCUAUGUCGACGUGACAAGGACCGAGGCCGACUGGCGCGAGGUGAUGGAGCACGUGAAGGAGCUGUUGGGAAGGAAGACGCAAGCGAGCAUGCACGUGCACCCGGAGACCGAACUCUACCGCAAGAUCGAGGCAUUGGUGCCGCGGCAGCUGUUGUUUGUGCAG